ACGCGAAAUCUGUGGUCGAAUUCGUUCGACUUGACUGCGACCCUUUAAAUCACUGUUAGGAUGCUGGGAGGUGGUGCGCGCGAUUCGUUGGCAGCCAUGGUGGCUGCCAUGGCCGGCGAAUGAGAAAAAGGAGGAUUUGCGAAGAAGAAGAAGGGGGGAAAGAGGCAAUGCUGGGCUGGCAAUGCCUACCGCGUAAAAUUCAACCAGGUAUUAUCAUGCGGAGAGGGAUGUUUGGAACAUUUCAUCAUGGCAGCCAUCCCUUUUGAAUCCAUCAGGUAGCUCGCGUGGAGCAGGUUGGAUAGCUGGAUCCUGACUGCAAAAUCUUGUGGACCAACAAUUGAUUUUUCCCGCAGCACGACGAGGACGGGACGGACAAGUCUCUGGCUUUGCCCCGUUUCUUCUCCUUGAUGAUUGGAUUGGCACUUUGUAGUGUCCAAGCAAAGUGUGCCUGGGCUUUACAGUAGGAUAGUUCCUGAACCACAGAAGCCAGCCGUAGCGACACGCCGUGUUGAGUUUUCCAUUAGUGAAAAUGGUCAUGUUCCGUUUUUUUACUUGACCAUGACAAAGAAAUAAUGUUAGCAAGCGAGGAGCCAACCCUGUUCCGGUCUUUUUUUUUUGUUCCAUGCUUCCAGUCCCCUUUUCUACUAUUCAGCUCAGCCAAUAUUUCCAUGGAUGGGUGGAUUUUGGGGGCGCAGAAGCUUUAGGUUGCAUAGCACGCAGAGAAUUGUAUUUGUUCUUUGAUAGACUGGUUUAUGCACACGUUUCUUCACCCACAUAAACCUCUUAUUGCAAAUUAUUUUUGUGUCCAGGAUAUUUUUCAAUCAUCCGGGUGCUGAAGUCAAAGCAUAGAAGUUUCUAAUCUCCUGCCCUUGCUUGUACAUAUAUCCAAGCACACACAAAAAUAUUUUAAUUACACACUCCAUUAGGACAAGAACAGAGGCAUGGCUCCUCAAGUUUUUCGCACCCAAUCUCUGGUUCCUCCGUCCCACCAUGCACUCUUUCUUCUCUACACCAUCUUCAUGUUUCUGUCCUCCAACACAAUAGUAUUCUCAUCAGCACAGGCUACCAACAAAACCGAAGAUGACCGGCAAGCCCUUCUCUGCUUCAAAUCUGGCAUCUCCAAGGACCCUGCCAGUGUUCUUGGAUCAUGGCGCAAUGACUCGCUCAACUUCUGCGGCUGGCAAGGGGUCACCUGCAGCACCACCCUCCCAAUCCGUGUCGUCUCCCUCCAACUCAGGUCUGCGCAGCUCACAGGAACACUAUCCAAUUGCACAGCUGCCCUUACUUCUCUAGUUCACUUGAACCUUUGGAACAAUACGUUAUCUGGAAGCAUACCUGAAGAGAUAGAUGAGCUUCGGAGCCUCCGAACCCUGAUGCUUGCUGGCAACAGGCUUUCAGGUAACAUCCCUCUGUCAUUAGGUACAGCUGCAUCUCUUAGAUAUGUCAACCUUGCAAACAAUUCUCUUAGCGGAGCUAUCCCUGAUUCCUUAGCAAAUAGUUCGUCACUCAGUGGUAUAAUCCUCUCACGUAACAAGUUGUCUGGGGUGAUCCCAGCUAAUCUGUUCACGUCAUCCAAACUUGUCUUUGUUGACCUCCGGUCGAAUGCACUCUCCGGGGAGAUCCCACAUUUCCAAAACAUGGAUGCUUUGCAGUAUCUUGAUCUUACAGUGAAUUCACUUUCUGGUACCAUACCAGCAUCUUUGGGCAAUGUUUCAUCAUUGCGUUCCCUCCUGUUAGCACAAAACGACUUAGCAGGAUCAAUUCCAGAAACUUUGGGUCAAAUUCCAAACCUAACAAUGCUAGAUCUGAGUUUCAAUAGAUUCACGGGGUAUGUCCCAGCCACACUGUACAAUAUGUCAUCACUCGCACUCUUUAGCUUAGGCAGCAACAGUUUUAAUGGGCAAAUUCCUUCUGAAAUUGGCAACUCACUUCCAAAUCUCCAAACAUUGGUGAUGGGUGGCAACAAGUUCCGUGGAUUAAUCCCAGAUUCUCUGACCAACAUGUCAAAGCUCCAAGUGCUUGAUCUUUCAAGCAACCUGCUGACUGGCAUGGUGCCAUCUCUAGGAUUCUUGUCAGACUUGAGCCAACUGCUUCUAGGAAAUAAUACACUCGAAGCUGGUGACUGGGCCUUCCUUACUUCCCUGACCAAUUGCACUCAGUUGUUAAGAUUAUCAGUGUAUGGGAAUAUCCUGAAUGGAAGCUUACCGAAAGUAGUAGGCAACCUUUCAACGAAGCUGGAGCGGUUAAGCUUUGGAAGAAACCGAAUUUCUGGAAACAUACCGGCUGAGAUAGGCAAUCUUGCAAACCUCAUUCUGCUUGACAUGGGCCAGAACAUGAUCUCAGGAAAUAUUCCCCCGAGUGUUGGGAACUUCAGCAACUUGUUUAUCCUGGAACUAUCCAGGAAUAAAUUAUCAGGUCAGAUUCCAUCAACGAUUGGUUAUCUUCCUCAACUCGGCCAGCUUCAUCUUGAUGUCAACAAAUUGUCUGGAAACAUACCGGCAUCUAUAGGACAGUGUAAAAGGCUAGCUAUGCUAAACUUAUCAAUCAACAACCUUGACGGAUCCAUACCAAGGGAACUCCUCAAUAUUUCUUCACUUUCCCUUGGUUUGGACUUGUCAAACAAUAACCUGACUGGGUCGAUACCACAGGAAGUUGGUAACUUAAUCAAUCUUGAGUUACUGAGUGUUUCCAACAACAAAUUAUCUGGCGAACUUCCUCCUGCACUUGGCCUGUGUGUUACAUUGGUAUCCCUUCACAUGGAAGGGAACAUGCUUAGUGGGAAUAUUUCUGAGUCUCUCAGUACACUGAAGGGUAUACAGCAGAUAGAUCUUUCUGAGAACGAUUUAACCGGCCAAGUUCCACAGUUUCUCGGGAACUUCAGAAGCUUAAAUUAUAUCAAUAUAUCAUACAACAAAUUUGAAGGGCCAAUCCCGACUGGUGGUAUAUUUGGAAAUUCAACUGCAGUAUUCCUGCAAGGUAACACAGGGUUAUGUGAAACAGCUGCUGCCAUAUUUGGACUGCCUAUUUGCCCCACCACACCAGCAACAAAAAAGAAGAUAAAUACACGCCUGCUGCUGAUAAUAACUGCACUGAUUACGAUUGCUUUGUUCUCAAUUAUAUGUGUUGUUGUCACUGUCAUGAAGGGGACUAAAACUCAACCAUCUGAAAACUUCAAGGAAACAAUGAAGAGGGUGUCAUAUGGGAACAUCCUUAAAGCCACCAAUUGGUUCUCUCUAGUCAACCGGAUAAGCUCAAGUCAUACAGCAUCAGUCUACAUUGGUCGAUUUGAGUUCGAGACAGAUCUAGUGGCCAUCAAGGUGUUCCAUCUCAGUGAGCAGGGUUCGAGAACUAGCUUUUUCACCGAGUGCGAAGUGCUGAGAAACACCCGCCACCGCAAUCUGGUUCAAGCUAUCACCGUCUGCUCAACCGUAGAUUUCGACGGCGGUGAAUUCAAGGCCAUAGUAUAUGAGUUCAUGGCAAACGGUAGCCUGGACAUGUGGAUACACCCAAGGGUUGGCAGCUCAAGGAGGCUGCUGAGCUUGGGCCAGCGGAUAAGUAUUGCUGCUGAUGUGGCUUCUGCUCUGGACUAUAUGCACAACCAACUGACACCUCCUUUGAUUCACUGUGAUUUGAAGCCGGACAAUAUUCUGUUGGACUACGACAUGACCUCGCGCAUUGGCGACUUUGGGUCCGCCAAGUUUCUCUCUUCAAGUAGUGGCAGGCCAGAAGGCUUGAUUGGUGUCGGAGGAACAAUCGGAUAUAUCGCUCCUGAAUAUGGGAUGGGAUGCAAAGUCUCGACAGGCGGCGAUGUGUACGGUUUCGGGGUGCUGCUACUCGAGAUGCUCACAGCAAGGCGACCGACGGAUGCACUCUGCGGCAACGCCCUCAGCCUUCACAAGUAUGUUGACCUAGCUUUCCCUGAGAGAAUCGCCAAGAUUUUAGAUCCCGCUAUGCCAUCCGAGGAGGAUGAGGCGGCUGCUUCUCUGCGUAUGCAAAACUACAUUAUCCCUUUGGUCAGUAUUGGCCUGAUGUGUACCAUGGAAUCGCCGAAAGAUAGACCAGGCAUGCAUGAUGUCUGCGCCAAAAUUGUUUCCAUGAAGGAGGCAUUUGUUGAGACCUUGUGAUUAUGGCAACGAAUGGGUUGGGCAGUAGCUGUUAAAGAUUAUGUAUAGUACAUAAUUACAUUUUCGGAAGUACAGUACAGUCACUACACUAUUGUAAGGCUUAUAUACAAAAUUACAGUAGCUAUAUCACUUGUGGAACAAUUCCAACAUUCUUUUUUGUAUGUGUCUGGUAAAUAUGCACCACUAUGCAAA